CAGACUUUUCAACAACAGCCCUGCAGACCUUCAUCUAGGCUCCAGGCAUCAAACUGACUCACCAUGACUCCACUGCUCGCCUUACUGGGAGCUGCACUCUGCUCCCUGACGAUGUCUGCCGAAGUCGUGCCUCAGGCAGACUUUGACUUACAAGGGGUUUCAGGGAAGUGGUACCUAAUCGGAUUCGCUACCAACGCCCAGUGGUUCGUCACCCGCAAAGCUACAAUGAAAAUGGGCAGUGCCAUGCUAAAACCAACUGCAGAGGGAGACCUGGAUCUGUCAUACGCCAGUCUCAACUCCGAUGGUUCUUGCUGGAGAAAGACCAACCUUGCCAAGAAGACUGACGUGCCUGGGAAGUUUACAUACGUCUGUCAGCGUUGGGGAAGUGUGAACGACAUGCUUGUGGUGGAUGUCAAGUAUGACGAGUAUGCACUGAUUUACACCACCAAAAUGAAGACAGGGCAGACCACCACUGUCACCAAACUUUAUGGCCGUGGAGAGGAAGUCAACGCUGACGUGAUGGAGAAAUUCAGACAGCUCUCCUUGGAGGCUGGCAUUCUGGCCGAAAACAUUGUUUUUCUUCCUAAAAACGCCGAGUGCCCAGCUGCCUAAUCUUCUCUGGUUAUCAUGCCGGUGAUGCAGGCUGCAGAUCAUUACCUUUGCUGUGGAAAUAUUCAUCUAUUAAAGCUACUGGCAUAAACAUCUUCAGUUACUGUGCUUUGCAACGAGUCUACUCCUCCAUUCAUCCUAGCACCAUGCUGGCAAAAUAAAACAUGAAAACAGCUAAAA